UUACGGUAUUGGCACAAGGCACUGUUGCUAGCGCAGUCAUCUGCGGCGCGCAGUGAGUAUCGCGGGAACUACGAAAGUCUGUGACGACAGAUUUUACGUAAUGGGCUGUUACCAUUUUUUAUCACAAAAUAAGCAGACUGGAAGCCUAAUAUUUUUUAUAUGUGAUGUCCAGUGGUGAAAAUGUCAAAUUUACAGUUAUUCGCUCAGACUGGGAAGAAAAUUAUCGGAGUUGCAGCAAAUUAUAGAGCACUAUUGAAAGUCUUGAAAAAAGAUGUUCCAAAAGAGCCUGGAAUAUUUAUAAAACCAUCCACAUCUUAUAUUACUGAAGGGAAACAAAUUAUGAUACCAAAGGGGUUCUCUGUAAAUGAAGAAGUAGAGUUGGGUAUUAUAAUUGGUAAAAAAGCAAAACAUGUAUCAAGAGAAGAAGCAAUGCGCUAUGUGGGAGGAUACUGCGUAGCACUAGAUAUGACUGCCACAUGUAGACUGGUAGGUAACUAGAAAGAAGCUCGUAGCACUGGUGGAUCUUGGACAUUGGGAAAGGGAUUCGACACUGCAACACCGGUAGGAAAAUUCAUUCCCACUUCUGAUAUCCCAAAUCCACAUGAAAUAGUCCUUUGGUGUUCAGUCAACAGUAAGAGAAGGCAGGAAGGCUGCACUAGUGAUAUGGUAUUUGACAUACCCACACUGAUAAGCUUCAUCUCUAAGUUUAUUACUUUGGAGGAAAAUGAUUUGAUAUUAACAGGCUCGCCGCCUGGCAUGGGGCCUGUAGAUAAAGGAGAUAUAGUAGAGGCAGGUACGCAUACUAAAGAUAUUUUGAACAUUGCCAGUGUCAGGUUCUCGAAAUCUUGCUACCAAAUGUCUAUCAAGUGAAAAAAUAAUACUAUCAAAUAACACAAAUCGUCUUGUUUCCUUUCUAGUAUUCGUAUAAAAAUGUAUUACAACAUAUUAAUAAUAAAUAAUAUAAUCAAG